AUGGGCUACAUGUCUGCAGAGUGCGAAAUGAGCAUUCCUUCUUCUGUCGCUAAUGAUGCUGCUUCAAUUACCGAGACGACCAUUUUGAGCCCUAAUCCUGGGCACAGCAAUAUGAGAGAACACAACUACAAGCGUAUAGAGCCUCCUUUCUGCACAUCCGGCCUUUCCAUUUCUUCUUUACCGGUUCAUGAUAGACCAAAGACGGAUAGUGAUGGAAACCAAGCUGGAGAUAUCUUGCUAGCUGCGAAGGUUAUUAACAACAUUACAGCUGGGUGCCGUGGCCAAGAGGUUUGUCUUGUUCCUACAGCAGCUACUAAAUAUAGAUGCGUCACACAAACGCAUGGAUGUGCCGAAGUACGCAUUGGAUGGGACGGCGAAAUACCACGCUGGCGGAGAGGCUCUGAACUCAGCUAUGUCGUCUGCGUCGAAAGCUUCCCUGCCCCUCUCUCGUCCUUGGUGGAAGACUCCAUGAAAGCAGCAAUCGGCAUGUGGAAUAACGUUGGUGUGAGCUUUAAACAAGUCGCCCGUAAUGAUCCAGCAACAUUUGCAGUCAUAUAUGAAAACCGCCAUAGACAGGCUUAUGCUUGCUCUUUCUUCCCUAAUGAACCGUCGCGCGAAUUGCUCGUGUACCCGUCCAGUCUCCGAGAGCCAGAUUACCUGGCCAACAUCUUGGCCCACGAAGUUGGUCAUAUCCUAGGCCUUCGACACGAGUUUGCUCAUAAGAGAGAGAAAGGAUGUCCUUCUGUUCUGUUUGGGAGCGAGAAUCCCGAUUCGAUUAUGAACUAUUUUGACCACCCAGAACAACCCCAAGUAAGGGAACAAGAUCUUGAAGAGUUAGAACGUUUCUAUGCAUAUGACAAGGUAAAAUAUGGGAAACUAUCUAUCCUUGACGUCAAUCCAAAGGUAUGGUUUUUCGGCAAGAUAAUGAUGAUGAGUCGUGAUACCGAUUCGCUUUCUGAAUUACUCUAA